AUGUAUGGCCGGAAAUCUCUCAAACGGGAGACUUUACUACCUGAAUAUUCACCUACUCCACCAUUACAACUUGCAGUCUCUGAUAUUCCACGCGCCGCAAGCCCUGUCUCGUCUCCUUCUCAGAACUAUAGUACAUCCCUCUCCAAUAGUGUCUCGAGGAAUAAUCGUAUCCACUUUGGUCGAGGACUGGAGCGAGCAAACACACCAGGAAGGAGCUGGAGCCAGGACACUGACGCGAGCGAUCAUGGCUUACAUUCGCCGCUAUCCCCGACAUCCCAACGUCUCGUCGCGGUAGCAGCUAGCGGUGCGAUGCGGUCCAACUAUAACGCCGUUGCAGGGCCUUCGCGACCCAUUCAACACCAACAGCAGCCAGCCCCGCCAUCGUAUUCAUCCAGCAUCAAGCCUAUGCUCUUAUGGCUAGAUGGCGGUGGGACACGGAUCAUGACCGAACUCGUCUCUCUCGGCGACCUCAUGCACAGGUUGGCUUGGGAUCUCAAGUAUACCAACGAGCGCCCCGAUAAGCUACCGUGGGGACAAUAUUACAUCCCGCCAAAGGACUGUUUUGACUGGGUCGCCAGCUGCGGAUGCGGCGCUAUCGUGGUUUAUGCGAUUGCCGCUGGCAUAGCCGUGCCGCUUGCCCGCGAAAAGCUCGUUGAGAUGGCGCCGGCGCUUCAAGAGGCGGACAUGGACACAAUCGAGCGUAUUCUUGACAGCAUGACACCCCAACCUACAAAGAUGGUCUCCAAGGAUGGUGAACCCCUUCUUGAUGUGUACUGCGAGGUCAAUGUUUGGAUGCCAGCUGCCGAGAGGGUGAUGGAGAACUCGGGAAUAACGGUAAGAAGGGGAGACCCGCUUCUCAAGACCCUCAAGCCACUUGUCCUCCGUGAGAUUCGCAAAGAGCUCGACGGAACUGCCGAACUAUUGGAUUGCAGCGUCCAGUUUCUCUACGACGUCUGCCCUGUAUUCGAAGAGUGCUCCUUUUUCCUUUCUCUCGGAUCUGGCAUCGUCCCCACUGCACCACCAUCACCCCAAGUUCAAAGCUGGUGGGACUGGUUCUGGAGCUUCAACUCGUUUGCCCAAUCCCCUCCUCAAUCUCCGACUCAAGGACGAAAACAAGGUCAACGAGCCGCGUCACCUCUCCCUCCGUGUCUACCCCAGAAACGGAACAACAUCAUCCCACCACGCGCAUACGUACCACCAGAGACAUUUGUCCGGCUGGAUCCGGAUCUGGCAGUGUAUGACCCGGCUACGCAAAAGCUCGAGAGGCCAGAUGACUGGGAUACCAACUUUUCGCGCCUAGUGUCCAUGACUUCAACAUAUCUAUCCAAAGCAGAUACGACGAAGCGGAUAGAGCGCGUGAAUACGAUGCUCAAAUGGAAGGAGAUCCCACCGCCGCCAUUAAUGAAGAAGUAA